AUGGGUAUUGAUUUAACAAUAGUGACUGUUUAUAUUUAUCGUUAUGUCGGACCAGUGUUAUUUGUAUUAGGCAUUAUUGGUAAUUUCCUUAAUGUUAUCAUAUUUCGAAGUAAAACAUUGAGAGUCUAUUCGUGCUCGAUGUAUUAUUUGGUGCAAUCCAUUGUGCAUUUAGUAUUUUUUUGUACUGUUUUACCAAUACGAUAUUUACUUGAAAGUUUUCAGAUUGAUUUAACUGUUCAAUCAGGUAGCUUUUGUAAAUUCCACUUGGUCACUUUGUAUGUUAUACGUAUUUUAUCGCCAUGUCUAUUAAUAUGGAGUUGCUUGGAUCGUUAUUUAUCAAGUUCAUCAAAUAGUAAAUAUCGUCAAAUGAGCCAAGUUAAAAUAACAAAAUAUACAAUACCAAUAACAAUAGUUUGCUGUUUUCUAUUACUCAUUUACGUGCCUAUUCAUUUUGACGUUUAUCAAACAACACCGACAAGUGCACCUGUUUGUUAUGUUGAAUCUAUUCAAUAUAGUCGAUUUCAUUCAAUUAUUUAUGCAAUAACAUCAGGUGUUUUACCACAAAUAUUAUCAAUUUUAUUUAGUUUAUUGACCCUGAAAAAUGUUCGAAAUCAAAGACAACGAAUACAACAUACCAUAUCAACCGUCAAUACAUCAACUUUACAUCAACGACGUG